AUUAGAUAACACAGAGAAAUGGGGAACGUGUCGUCGAUGUUGACUCAGUACGAUAUCAAAGAAGUUCAAGAACACUGCGACAAUCUCUUUUUGCAGCAAGAAAUUGUGUCGUUGUAUCAGAGAUUCUGUCAACUCGAUCGAAGUGCGAAAGGUUUUAUAUCUGCAGAUGAUUUCUUGUCUGUUUCUGAAUUUGCUGUCAAUCCCCCGUCUCAGGUAAUCAUAUUUAAAGAAACGAAACAUGUGAGGAGAUGCAGCUGGCCUGAUUGACAUGGCACUUGGAUAGACCCAGCUAUGAGAUCCUGCUCAGGGGCGCGGCUGUGUUUCACAGCAUAGCUAGUAGAAUCUUUCCUCUUUUAGUUUUAUCAUAUUGUAGCCAUACAUACAGUCAAUCAUGUUCUUGUCUUGAAUGUACGUGAUGCUCAAUCAAAGAAAACAAAGUUUAUUUUCUUCAACCAAAAAUUGGUACAGUAGCCCACCUUUCUGCAACCUAAGCCUCUAAUAGAAAUGGGAUAGACCAUGCCUAGUAUGUCCAUGCCAGAUGAUCUUAGCCAUCUGAUGAAAUGGGCAAUUACAACCAGUUAUCCACGGCUAACAGGGGCCAAAUUGGAUUUGGAUCAUCUGAUGGGUGAUUUCUGGGAUCAUACAUAAAAUAUGGUGAAACUAUGUGAACAAUUGGGAUCAUUAAAAAGUGGAUCCCACAUAUACCAUUAAUUUGGAC